CCAACGAAAGGGCUGAGCGAGUGUAGCAGAGCGAAAAGGCUUUUUCGGGGCAAGCAACCGACUGGCCACUUCGCUUGGAUGGAGCUCAGCAUGUUUACCGUUGUUCGCCUUACAUUUUCAAUCUAAUUUUUUUUUAGUUUUAGUUUUUUAAUGUUUCAUUUGCAAACAUUAUACGACACACCAGCGCUAGCUUUAGCCCGCUGCGCUCUGCUCCGUCUCGGCUAGGCUGCAUGAUUUUUUCUGUUGUGUUGCUGGCUAGUUUGGCUACAAUGCUAGUUCGCUAGUUAGCUAAUUUGCUUUAAAAAAGCUACAAAAGGCGUUUAGAGAAGUCCGAUCUGUUUCUUCGUGAGCUCGGAAUAUAGCGAGAACUGCCCUGUACCGCGUUAUUUCUCCGUUGUUUUGGUUUUUUUCCCUUCUUCUUCUUCUUCUUCUUCUUCUCCCUCCACUAUUGUAGAUAUUUUUUAAACGCUCCGUAACCGUUUGCGCGUUUUGCAGAAAGUGAACGCUGCUUCAUUAUUCUCCGGUCCCCCCCCCCCCCUCUCUCAAACACUGAUUUCUUUUCAUUUCGUCUUUGUUUAUUUUUUUUUAUUUCUCGUUCUCCUUUGUAGCAACAUUAAUCUAAAUGCUGCACGGUUUAACUUUUUAAGUUACUCGAACAGAUAAAUAAUAAUAAUUUUAUUAUUAUUUUUUAUUUUUUACCAAAAAAAAAAGAAAACAACCGAACGAUGUUGUGUUCCCUGUCUGGAGUAGUUCAGAGAGUCAAUCAGUGUUUAUUAAUUCCUUUUGUUUGUUUAGUUUAACGGGGAGAUUUUCAAACACUCGGUGUAUCCGGAUUGAACAUUAAAACUAAGUCUCUGUGUAACAUUUCGAAGUGUUUUAAAAAACAGUAAGGGUGCAUACGUGGGUUUUUGGUUUUUCUUUUUCCCUUUUUCUUUUGCGCAGCCGCGGUACAUCAUCAUCAUCAUCAUCAUCAUCAUCUCACACUCGGACACUUAACUACAUCCCAAGCUUCGUCGUGUGUUUACUACUACUAAAUAUCAUUUGUUUUUACAAUUUGGGAGUUUUUUAAAAAUGGAUGAUCAUCAGACCCGCAUGCUGUCGGGACUAACCGGGCUCGGAGGACUCGGUCAGGGCGACCCGAAUGACCCGGAUCCGGUCCGGAAGCAGCAGGACAUCGGGGACAUCCUGCAGCAGAUCAUGGCCAUCACUGAUGAAAGCCUGGAUGAGGCCCAAGCCAGAUGCUGGCCAGAGGAGGGACGAGGCGACCCCACACAGGCAGGGGGAGCCGGGGGGAGCGCGCAGGCAGGGGGGGAAUGCACCCUGCCGCUCGACUUCCAGCACAGAAAACACGCGUUGAACUGCCACAGAAUGAAGCCGGCUCUCUUCAGCGUGCUGUGUGAGAUCAAAGAGAAGACGGUGUUGAGCAUCCGUGGUGUGCAGGAGGAGGAUCCCCCAGACCCCCAGAUCAUGCGCCUGGAUAACAUGCUGCUGGCCGAAGGAGUUUCCGGUCCCGAGAAAGGCGGAGGUUCUGCCGCGGCGGCAGCGGCGGCGGCCGCCGGAGGAUCGCCGAACGACGGCAGCGUGGAGCACUCGGACUACAGAGCCAAACUCGCUCAGAUCCGCCAGAUCUACCACUCCGAGCUGGAGAAAUACGAACAGGCCUGCAGUGAAUUCACCAACCACGUGAUGAACCUGCUGAGAGAGCAGUCACGCACACGGCCCAUCUCACCCAAAGAGAUCGAGCGCAUGGUGGCCAUCAUUCACCGCAAGUUCAGCUCCAUCCAGAUGCAGCUCAAGCAGAGCACCUGCGAGGCAGUCAUGAUCCUCCGCUCACGCUUCCUCGACGCCAGACGCAAGAGACGCAACUUCAACAAGCAGGCCACAGAGGUGCUGAAUGAGUAUUUUUACUCGCACCUGUCCAACCCCUACCCCAGCGAGGAAGCCAAGGAGGAGCUGGCCAAGAAGUGCGGCAUCACUGUGUCUCAGGUCUCCAACUGGUUCGGCAACAAGAGAAUUCGGUACAAGAAAAACAUCGGCAAGUUUCAGGAGGAAGCCAACCUGUACGCAGUAAAAACAGCUGUGGACGCAGCCAACGCCUCUGCACAGGCCAGCCAGGCCAACUCCCCCGCCACGCCCAACUCAGGUGGAUACCCAGCGCCCUGCUACACACCUGACGGCCGGCUAUGAGGAGCGGUCAGGAAGUGCCCUUUACACCCCACACUGCCUAGACGCCAACAGCAGCUGGGAGGAAAACCCCAUCACUCCUCCACCCGGACAUCCCAGCAGCGUCCAAUCACAACCCUGCAACUGAGAGAGACACAGUAACACACACACACACACUCAUACACACUUCAGCGCUUCCACCAGUCCAACUCCACUUCCUCCUCGGACUCAACUUUGUUUUGCAAGCUCUCAGCUAGAACGACGGUACCGAGCCCCCCAUCCACCCCGAGCCCCCACACACAGACACACACACACACUCCCUCACACACUCCCUCACACACUCCCUCACACACUUUCAAGUUUGGACUUCAUUGGACAGUCGUCUAGGAGCCUUCGCUCAGGAAGGAAACACAGGAAAAGGAAAAAGAAAGGUCACACGUCAGAGCAUUCUGCUCUGUUGCUGGAGUGCUGUGUGUGUGUGUGUGUGUGUGUGUGUGUGUGUGUGUCCACACGCACGCACAUUUACUAAGCCAGCUACAUUGAAGACCACAGGAUCCUCCGACCUGCCUGCUUUGAACCAAAGCGCUGUCCGUCCGUCAGAGAAGCUCCUCAGACUGCCGCAGGUCAACACCACGCAGGUUCUCCUCAGCUCCCUGUCUGUGACCGCUUUCCCGCGCCGUGCGCUCCAACAGCUGC